UGUGUGUGUGUGUGUAAAAAACGGAGGGUUGGACUUUACGCCUCCGUUCACCUUCACCACUUCAACUCACUUUAACGGGCUACAAAACCGAUCAUUCGGUGUGUUCUCUAUAAUCUUUUUCAGUCAGAGCUUUGGAUAUGGCGGACGUGUUUUGGACCUGGGUGUUUUUGGCGUUCUCCUCGCACCUAGUUGUGUCGUAUCCAAAUCGUAAAUGUGGCUCUCCGGAGUUGUAUUCGGGCAAAGUGCUGGACGAAAGAUAUGCGAGGAAGAUGGAGUUUAAUGACGGAGAUAGAGUGAUGUAUAAAUGUGAGUUCGGCUACACGACCAGCCGGGGCUCGCGCUACUCCUACUGUCGGGACGGAGUGUGGAGUCGUCUGGAGCUGCAGUGCAAACAGAAACUGUGCGGUUCUGCUGGAGAGAUACCGAAUGGACGAUUCAGACAGACUGGAAACGCCUUCGGAGACACAGCUGAAGCAGUGUGCAAUCAAGGCUACGUUCUGCAAGGAGAUCCCAUUAGGGAAUGCAAUGUUAACGGAUGGAGUGGAACGAUUCCUAGAUGUGUAGUGGAUGAUUUAUUUACUUCAGCUGCAAAAUGUCCACUACUCAAGAAAAGUAAAAAUGCUACAUAUCACGGAACGAAGGGCAUGUAUGAACCUGGAGAAACCUUAUCCUACUCCUGCAAUGUUGGAUUCCGGUUGAUUGGCAAUAGCAAUGUUCUGCAGUGUGACAGAACUGGAAAGUGGAACCCUAAUCAUGCUAAUUGUCAACUGAAAAAGAUCAAAUGUGAGAAAUUUAGCAUAACUAAUGGUAAAGUAAAGUUUGGUCAUCUAAACUUUAACACAAAAGUAAACAUAAGCUGCAAGGAUGGGUACCGCCUCAAAGGGUCAAGUGUCGUCACUUGUGGAGCAGACAGCUCCUGGACUCCAGCUCUACCCACCUGUGAACAAGGUAGUAGUACUCAAGUGAUGCCCGCACAGGUCAAAUGCCUGCCCCCAGCCGUGCCCAACAGCAUCAUACAGGUCGAAAACAAGAUGGAAUAUGUAGUCGGGGAACACACUACCAUUUCUUGUCAGGCAGGCUUCAAGCUGAUUGGCUCAUCAUGGGUCACAUGUGGAGCAGAUGGCCAAUGGCAGGAAAUUCCAGAAUGUCGUUUUACUGAAAGAAGAUGCCAGCCUCCGCCAAGCCCUGAACAUGCACAUCUCGAACAUGGUAACCACUAUGAGCCAAAUAUAGCUCUGCGUUACAGAUGUAAUCCAGGCUACCGUAUGGUUCAAGGACCGAGCACCAUAUAUUGCAGAAAUGGCCAGUGGACUGAUUUAAAGAUGAUAUGUGAAAAGAAAAAAUGUGGUUCGGCCGGGGAGAUUCAGAACGGACGUUAUCACUACACAGGUGCUUCCUUCGGAGACACUGCUACAGCCAGGUGCAAUACAGGGUACCAACUGGUCGGUGCAGGCGUGAGAAAAUGCAGAGAAAAUGGAUGGGAUGGCAGAGAAUGUGUGUGUGAGGCUAUCCAGUGCCCUGAACCUGAAGUGGUGCCAGAUGCAGACUUAAAUUUCGACACAAGUGGAAUAAUAAGAUAUGGCUACAUGGCAUCCUACACAUGCCGCUUUGGCACAUUGAUAGGAGCUUCAGACAUAUACUGCACAGAAGAUGGCACAUGGAGUGCUCCAGCUCCUCGGUGUGAAGUUGUUAUCUGCUCUUCCCCCAUCGUGAGUGAUGGAUUAAUAGUUUCUGGACUGAGACCUCAAUACCAGUCCGGGAGCUCAGUGAGGUUCAUGUGCUACCCAGGGAAAAGAUUAUUAGGCCCUGAUGUCAUCACAUGUGAGGCAGAUGGAAAAUGGUAUCCAAGACUCCCUGUCUGUGGCUGAUCCUUCACCGAAGGGCUGAUCAAGAACACAGCCGUAACUGCUCAUCAAAGAAAUGUAAACCAUAAGCUUUCCUCUGUUUUCUGUGACACAUUGCUAUGAAGCACAAAUUAUAUAGCGAUAUCAUUAAAUAUAAUAUUUAGCACAAAAUUUUUAAUGUCAUAAUAUUAAUAAGCAAUUAAACUGCUGUAUUGCUUGCAUUUAUUACUUGUCUUUAAAAUAAUAUAUUGCUAAAUAUAUUCAGGUCUGUGUACAUUCUUGUUUCUGAAAAAAGAAAAAUUAUAUUUUCAUAUCUCAAUCUCAAUAUGCCUGUUAUUAAAUUGUUAAAAAGUGGUUUGUACUUACACAUUCCACCUUCAGAUUUUUCCGAAACUAUGGACAGAAGACAGCAAGAUUAUACUUAUGUAUGUUGGGAUUUAUAUUGUUUCCAGUUGUCAGAUUUUUCCUGCACAUAAAUAACACAAGUGUCUGAAUGUUGUCACUUUUGUAUUUUUUAAUCCAAAUGUUGAUGUUUUAACGAAAUUUAACAUUACAAGUUGUGUUUGUGUCUUAUAGGGCUAGCAAAUUUGCUAUUGUAUGAACACAAAUUCUUUUCAUUCAAAAAAAAAAAAAAUUCAAUAAAAUUCUGUAAUUU